CAAUUUUUGGGGGAUACACUUAUUUUAUUCAGUAAACAAUUUUAACAAAAUGAUUCAGUUAAAAUUACAUUCAAUUAUUUAUUUGAUUUUAAUUAAAGGUAAUAAUAUAAUUUUAUUGAAUUAUAUAAAAAAAAGAUUUAGUGCUCAGAUUGUAGAUUCGGAACCAAACGAUAAAGACGAUAAUGAUAAAUGUACUAUUUGCAUGGUAAAUAAUAAUACUAUAAUUAUUACAAAUUGUGGUCACAAAUUAUGUGACAAUUGUGCUCUAAAUAUUCGAAAAAAAUCUCAAAAAAAUUAUGGUGAAAUUCCUGUAUGUCCAUAUUGCCGAGCUCAAAUGAUAGAAUUUACAAGAGAAGGAAAUGAGUUCAAGGAUUUAUUACCCUAUAGUAAGUAAAAUAUCACAGUGGGGUCGCGGUACAGUAUAGACGUGGAUAUUAGAUUAUAUUUGACAG